AUGAGAGCUCAUUACGUCCUUGCCUGCCUGGCUCUUCUGGUGGCCACCACCAGUGCUGCCAAUAUAAGACCUUCGGUUGGAGCUGUGAACAACCAGCUAUACAGCCGAUCUGUUUGUUUAAACAAGCUCAACGGAUUCCGCGGUCUGGUUCCCGGCAGUUGCUCCAAGUACUACGAGUGCCAGAAUGGUGUAGCAGUGGAGACCGCCUGCUCCCGUUACUAUGACCCAAAGGUCCAGGGUUGUGUCAACUACAACACCGGAUGCGUUGAGAUAAUGCAAACAGCAGCAAUUGGUGGAGGCUCUGGUACUGCCGCGCAGCCAUGUGCAGAUCCAAUAACCACCACUUGUACCCCACCCGUGACCACUCCUUGUGCAACAACCACAGCCACCACGACUAUCCCGUGUGCACCAACAACACCUCAAACAACAACCUGCACAAUACCAACAUCAACAACGACAAAACCAACAACAACAACGACAAAGCCGACAACAACGACAAAAACAACAACGACAACGACGACUACUACCUGCACAACACCAACGACAACAACGACAAAACCAACAACAACGACAAAACCGACAACAACGACAAAACCAACAACAACGACAACGACGACUACUACCUGUACAACACCAACGACAACAACGACAAAACCGACAACAACGACAAAACCAACAACAACGACAACGACGACUACUACCUGCACAACACCAACGACAACAACGACAAAACCAACAACAACGACAAAACCGACAACAACGACAAAACCAACAACAACGACAACGACGACUACUACCUGUACAACACCAACGACAACAACGACAAAACCGACAACAACGACAAAACCAACAACAACGACAACGACGACUACUACCUGCACAACACCAACGACAACAACGACAAAACCAACAACAACGACAAAAACAACAACAACGACAAAACCAACAACAACGACAACUACUACCUGCACAACACCAACAACGACAACAACAACAACGCCAACGACUACUACCUGCACAACAACAACAACGACAACAACAACGACAACAACCACGACAACAAAAACGACAACAACCACGACAACAACAACGACAACUACUACCUGCACAACACCAACAACGACAACAACAACAAAACCAACAACAACGACAACAACAACGACAACAACCACGACAAAACCAACGACAACGACAACUACUACCUGCACAACACCGACAACAACAACAACGACGACAACCACAACGACAACAACAACGACAACAACAACGACAACUACUACCUGCACAACACCAACAACGACAACUACACCAAAACCUACAACAACAACAUCAACUACGACAACAACCACGACAAAACCAACAACAACGACAACUACUACCUGUUCAACACCAACAACGACAACAACAACAACGACAACAACAACGACAACGACAACAACCACGACAACAACAACGACAACAACAACGACAACUACUACCUGCACAACACCAACAACGACAACAACAACAACGACGACAACCACAACGACAACCACAACGACAACCACAACGACAACCACAACGACAACCACAACGACGACAACAACGACAACAACAACGACAACUACUACCUGCACAACACCAACAACAACGACAACUACUACCUGCACAACACCAACAACAACGACAACUACUACCUGCACAACACCAACAACGACAACAACAACAACGACAACAACGACAACAACAACAACGACGACAACCACAACGACAACCACAACGACGACCACAACAACGACAACUACUACCUGCACAACACCAACAACAACAACGACAACUACUACCUGCACAACACCAACAACGACAACAACAACAACGACAACAACAACAACGACGACAACCACAACGACAACCACAACGACGACAACAACGACAACAACAACGACAACUACUACCUGCACAACACCAACAACAACAACAACGACAACUACUACCUGCACAACACCAACAACGACAACAACAACAACGACGACAACCACAACGACAACCACAACGACAACAACAACGACAACAACAACUACUACCUGUACAACCCCAACAACUACUACCUGCACCACAACUACCUGUACAACCCCAACAACAACUACCUGCACCACAACUACCUGUACAACACCAACAACAACUACCUGCACAACUACUACAUGCACAACACCAAAAACUACUACCUGCACAACUACUACAUGCACAACACCAAAAACUACUACGUGCACAACGACUACACCCUGCGCACCAUCAACACAAACAACUACAUGCGUAGAAACAACAACUGUAUGCGGUGAACCAGUAACCACCGCAUGCCCUUCAGCAGCUGGCGCGAAGGUAGGACAGUCAUCGGUGCAUGUGAGACCCGCCUUCAGACCGUUGCCCGAGGUGUUGGCACAGACAAUGCAAAUGGCACAUUCGUCGACUAAGGAAAUGAACAUGGAACUCUACUCGAGCUAUGUGUGCCGCAAUAAGCCUGACGGAUUCAUGCUGGCCUCCUUGACCAGUUGCACUGACUACUACAUUUGCCGGUACGGCAAACCCCUUCAAGUUAGCUGCGGCGACAAGUACUUCAACGCGCUGAAGGGUAUCUGCGACCUGCCCGAGAAUACACGCUGCGUGCAGCCGAAGGCUUUCCUUGCCUGCCUGGCUCUUCUGAUGGCCACCACCAGUGCUGCCAAUAUAAGACCUUCGGUUGGAGCUGUGAACAACCAGCUGUAUCGCCGCUUUGUCUGUUUGAACAAGUUCAACGGAUUCCGCGGUCUGGUUCCCGGCAGUUGCUCCAAAUACUACGAGUGCCAGAAUGGUGUAGCAGUGGAGACCGCCUGCUCCCGUUACUAUGACCCAAAGGUCCAGGGUUGUGUCAACUACAACACCGGAUGCGUUGAGAUAAUGCAAACAGCAGCAAUUGGUGGAGGCUCUGGUACUGCCGCGCAGCCAUGUGCAGAUCCAAUAACCACCACUUGUACCCCACCCGUGACCACUCCUUGUGCACCAAUCACAACUACCUGCAUCGAACCCGUGACUACCCCGUGCGCACCAACAACACCUCAAACAACACCUUGUACAACAACUACCUGCACAACACCAAAAACUACGACCUGCACAACAACUACCUGUACAACACCAAAAACGACGACCUGCACAACUACUACAUGCACAACACCAAAAACUACUACGUGCACAACAACUACAUGCACAACACCGACAACAACUACCUGUACAACACCAACAACAACUACCUGCACCACAACUACCUGUACAACACCAACAACAACUACAUGCACCACAACUACCUGUACAACACCAACAACAACUACCUGCACCACAACUACCUGUACAACACCAACAACAACUACCUGCACCACGACUACCUGUACAACACCAACAACAACUACCUGCACCACAACUACCUGUACAACACCAACAACAACUACCUGCACCACAACUACCUGUACAACACCAACAACAACUACCUGCACCACAACUACCUGUACAACCCCAACAACAACUACCUGCACCACAACUACCUGUACAACCCCAACAACAACUACCUGCACCACAACUACCUGUACAACCCCAACAACUACUACCUGCACCACAACUACCUGUACAACACCAAAAACUACUACCUGCACAACUACUACAUGCACAACACCAAAAACUACUACCUGCACAACUACUACAUGCACAACACCAAAAACUACUACGUGCACAACAACUACACCCUGCGCACCAUCAACACAAACAACCACAUGCGUAGAAACAACAACUGUAUGCGGUGAACCAGUAACCACCGCAUGCCCUUCAGCAGCUGGCGCGAAGGUAGGACAGUCAUCGGUGCAUGUGAGACCCGCCUUCAGACCGUUGCCCGAGGUGUUGCCACAGACAAUGCAAAUGGCACAUUCGUCGACUAAGGAAAUGAACAUGGAACUCUACUCGAGCUAUGUGUGCCGCAAUAAGCCCGACGGAUUCAUGCUGGCCUCCCUGACCAGUUGCACUGACUACUACAUUUGCCGGUACGGCAAUCCCCUUCAAGUUAGCUGCGGCGACAAGUACUUCAACGCGCUGAAGGGUAUCUGCGACCUGCCCGAGAAUACACGCUGCGUGCAGCCGAAGGCUUAG